AUGCCUACCCUUCGAUCUGGCACCAACACUUCGCCUGGCACUUCGGCCACGGCCGUUACCCAUGAAGACCCGACCGUUUCCCUCCGCCUCCCACCAUUUUGGAGUCAAGACCCGGAACUUUGGUUUGCGCAGGUUGAGCGCCAAUUCGACGCCCGGCAUAUCACAGCGCAGACGUCCAGAUUUGGCCACGCCGUUAGCGCCCUUCCAGUCGAAAUCGCUGCUGAGAUCCGUGAUCUCAUUCUGAGUCCACCAGCGCAAGCUCCGUAUGACACGCUAAAGCGCGAGCUCCUUGAUCGAACAGCGCUCUCCAUCCAUCGCCGCUUACAACAACUGCUGGGCGCAGAGGAACUUGGCGACCAAAAGCUUUCACAGUUACUUCGCCCGCCUCCAUCCGACAUACGCGUUGUCCUCACGGCUGCUGGUGAGAUGUCGUUGGAUGAUCUUGCCCGCCACGCCGACCGCAUUCUCGACUUACGUACCACUCCAUCUUCCUCGGCAUCUCACCCAAUCUGCGCUUCGCGCGCUGCGCCUCUUCUCCAUCCGUCUCAGCCAGCUGCCCUGUCCAUCCCCGAAUCCGCCGUUCAGCCUAUCGCCACAGACCUCACGGCGACUGUCAACAGCCUGCAGUGCAGCGUACAUCGUCUGACUGAGUUAGUGACCGGCCAUGUAGAGGAGGUGGAGUUCCUCUACAUGAGUCCUGACCGGCGAUGA